AUGGUCCUUUUGCCGCCAGAUUGGGUUCCCGCUAUGGCACAACCAGACACUCGGGCAGAUUCCACAGAUGGUACCUUGGUUCCCAGUCCCAGUCCCAUCUAUGGAGGGAACGGUGGGAAGAUGGCAGGAGAGAGGGGUUGUAGUUACAUCAAUCAGCAAAAACGAUCGACCGGUUUCCUGGAGAAUCCCGGUUUACUGGGUCAACUGAAAUCCCAUCUCAAUAAUAAUCCAAUCAAUCAGCAAGCGGUCGAUGAACACAAUAUUCCCGCCAAAACCAAUGUGGCCUGUCGGGAUUUUAAACCAAACCAUUUCGCCAUUGCUACUAUUAUCUCCAUAUUGCUCACUCCUCUGGAGUGGCCAAAGGAAAUGCACUCAUGGAAGAGAGGAAAGCCUCCGCAGCGAUCAUCCACGAAAGUCAAUAAAUCCCUUCAAUCUCCAAGGCCGCCCAUCCUAGCAAUAGACGAAAAGUUCAGGCAUACAGACAAAUAUGAAUCCGCCAAACCAUCUGAAAUCUCCCAUGAUCUUCGAAAACCGUCCUUGAACCCACAACCCGAAACCCCGUUAUUUGCUCAAUUGGACCAGUCUCGAAGACGCAUCUCCAGACGAACGGAAGCGAAGAGCUGCCUAGGAAGGCGGGCAGUCAAUCCGCACGCCGGUCGAACCUGGGGGGAACCGUUGGGGCCCCGGUCUUGGUGGCACCGCGAUAGGCUGUCCCGUACACCCUGGUCCUCCAAAAAACAACGCCUGGCGACAUGUGACGAUGUCAAACAGCUCUGCGGUGGGAACUGGCUGGCAUUGAGUAGAAUCCGUUCCUGUAAGCACGUCUCUCCCACCUCUGAUGAACCUCCAGGCGAGAGUGCUCGUUGGCAUGAUUGCCAGGAUGCAGGUCGAAAGGACGACGGAGAGCUUCAUGAUGAUGAUGAUGAUGAUGAUGAUGAUGACGACGACGACGACUAG